AGUAGUAUUUAAAAUACAAGUAGUUAGAAGGACCUGAAAAGUCACUUUAAAAACUCGCUUAAACUUGAUGAAUUGGCCCCUUUUAUGGGUCUUUUUGUACUUUAUAAAAGGAGGCAAACUUGUUGUCAACUCGUGUCUUGGCCUGGUUGGUAUUCUGGUCCGACAACACAGUAAAAUACCACCAAUUAGUCAAGCUGUGUCCCAGAAGUUCCCCAUGGAGAUCUUUCAUGUUUCUUCGCAGUCUAACCUUUCCACACUUGAGAAGCAAGACAGCAGGUCAUAAUUAGGACCCAGUUACUCAACUGUAUUCCUUUGAAAAAAAUAUUACAACAGGCACCAGAUAUGAUCAUACAUCGGAAAGUUAGUGCUUUAAGAUUUAUGGCUGACAAACAAACCAAUCUUUAUUCUGUCUCUGUGUAGAAUUUAAUAAAAAAAAAAAACUGUUGCUUACUGUAGCACUCACGAGUGUCAAUUCAACUAGAGACUGUUGUAAAUUAUACAUAAUGACAGAUAAUACCUCAUUCAAAUGUUUGUCUGCUCAAAAAUGCAUGGAAAAAAUGCAGACAUAAUGGUUAAUUACACUAAUCUUUCCUCUAGCCCCACUAUUAAAGCAAACGCACACUGAUUUCGAUAUCUUGAUUUUUAUGCACUCCGUUUUACACGUAUUUUUUAUUUAUGCGUAUUUGUUUUUUAUUCUUAUAUUGCUUUUAUGCACUGACUCAGGAGAUGAGUUCUAAUUUCGUUGUGUAGUCGUACUAUGACAAUAAAUGGCAUUCAUUCAUUAAUAUUUUGUACUCGGGCAUUCUUGCAUGGAUAGUGCAAUUGAUUCACAGCAAACUGUUCUGGGUUUGAUCUCUUGGGUGACUCUUCCAUGUGUAUUUUACAGUUUUCCUCCGAUAUUAAACAUAACAAUGAUGGCGGAUGGUCUCACGAUUAGCCCAGCGUAGCUUGAAGUGCUGGCGACUUCGGACUGUCGUGAAAGCUGCUCUGCGGGCGUCAGACUUCGGCAUCUGCCGUUGUUUGUCUUCAACAAGUGGAGCGGUUACUGGUAUGGAGGAACUAUUGGCACGAGUCGUAUCGCCGUUACCCACAUACGAAACAAGAGAGAAAUCUCCCCCUCCUCCAGAAGCAAACAGCUUGGAUUUCAUGCACUUCUACAGAAGUCUCGACAAGGAAGAGAAACUCGAUUUCCUGGCGAAGUUGUCACGAGACUUUGGAGUGGAUCAUAAAACUGUGUCGGAGUUAGCUGGGAAACUUCUGGAUUCCCAACUCAGGGACUUGGCGACCAUUUUGCAGGUUGAGGACAGACUUCGAUACAGUUUGACUCCUCGCUAUAAACAAUUGCUGAACCACAUAAGCAGGGUGGAAGGGGGAGUGAAGUUUCUGGUGGACCUUAGAGCCGACGUGCUUGAAAUCAUCUCAUCAAGAAGUAGCGAAAGCCCGCACUUUAGGGACCUAAAUGGAGCACUGAAGAGCUUGCUGUCCGAGUGGUUCUCGAUAGGUUUACUCAGACUAGAGCGAAUUACCUGGCAGUCACCCUGUGAGAUCCUACAAAAGAUCAGCCAGUAUGAGGCUGUGCACCCUGUUAGAAACUGGGCUGAUCUGAAGCGCAGAGUGGGGCCGUACCGUCGUUGCUAUGCCUUCACCCAUGCUGCCAUGCCUGGGGAGCCUUUGGUUGUGCUGCAUGUCGCCCUCACAGAGGAAAUCUCUGACAACAUACAGAGUAUUGUUCGUGAGUUUUCCACCCUUGACCUGGAGGAAGACGUAAACAAAGUAAAUGCAGCAGUCUUCUACUCCAUCUCCUCCACGCAAGCUGGUCUGCAAGGCGUUGAGCUUGGAAACUAUCUCAUCAAGAAGGUGGUGCGGGAACUGCAGAGUGAGUUUCCCCACCUUGCCCAUUUUUCCAGCCUCUCCCCCAUCCCAGGCUUCUCCUCAUGGCUCCAAGGGCUCCUCAGCCAGUACCGGAAGGAAGGCCAUGGCUUGGACCUCCUGUCUGAGCAGGAGUGGCACGAAGUGGAGAAAGCCACUGACUUACCUCCUGGUACCAGUGCUAUGGAUGCCCUUCGUAAGUUAAUUGCAACAAGCGAAUGGAUGCGUUCUGAACGUCUCUCUUGCUUCCUGGAGCCUGUCCUGAUGCGGCUAUGUGCCUGGUAUCUCUUCGGGGAGAAAAGGCGGGGUUAUGCCCUUAACCCAGUGGCCAACUUCCACCUCCAAAAUGGCGCCACCAUGUGGCGGCUUAACUGGCAUGCUGACACGAGCCCGAAGGGUGUGGCAAACUCCUGCGGCAUCAUGGUGAACUAUCGUUACUUCUUAAAUGAGACCUCAAAAAACAGUUCACUUUACCUGCAAAAUAAAAUCAUCAUCGCAUCGGAUCAAGUUCUUGGAUUGGUGUCACAGUUUCAGAAGAACAGUAAACUCUGAAAAAGAGACCAUGUGCAAUUGUGCAUAUGACUGCAUCUAAGAGCAACAGCCACAUGAUAAAACAAUCUUGUUUGGUCGAGGGACAGCUUUGUGAGCAUCCCUAAGAAGACAUCGGCUGAUACUGUUUGCCCAUCUGUUAUUUGAAGUACAUUCAUAGGCUAGACUUGUGCAUCUGUGCUAGUUUACCCUGAUGAUGGGAGACAGCAGCUCAUGAAGCGCCCUGCAUCGUUUUACAAUUUAGCAUGUUCCAAGAUAACUGUGUGUGUAAUGGUGAAGUACGAGCAAUGAGGCUGUGCAGCUACUGGAAUAAAUGAUCCUUCCACUGGGUUGCACUGUCUCUUUGAAGGGAGAACGUAGGGUUUCUUUUUUAUGUCUACAAACACCAGCUGUUCAAGUUCACAAUACUUUAGGUUUCCACAAAUGAAUUCUGACUGGAAGUAUCCUCCAAAAACUGUUUUUGUGAAUAAUUAUUACAUUUACUGUUUCAAUUAAAAAUCUUCCCCUUUAUGGAUCAUUUCA